AUGUCAGCCACCAUUCCUUCUGCCUUGAAGGCCGCCGACGUAGCUCGUUUUGCACAUCGUGCUGGUCAGCUGGAAAGGGCACGACCAGCAGUGGCAUACUGGUGUAACUAUUGGAUCGUUGAGCAAAUCAUCUCCAAAGGUCUUCACAAGGCAGAUGAAGAUAGUACAGGCUACACAAUGAGUCUUGUAGACAAGCUUGAGCAAACGAAGAUAGAUUUUGCGGAGAACGACGCGAUUGUAGAUGAUACUGCAGGCCACGCAUACGUUGAGCAAUUCGCACAGGAAACCUUCCAACGAGCUGAAAAUGCCAUGAAAGCGAAUAAAGUUUCAAGGCAAACAGCCGACACAUUUCAGGCAGCCUCAACAUUUUUCGAACUGAACCAGAUCUGGGGUCCGCUGGAGCAAGAGACCACCUCCAAGAUCAAGUAUGCGAAGUAUCAUGCCUUGCGCAUCGCGAAAGCACUCAAAGCAGGUGAAGAUCCCAAUGCUUCAAACCCCGUGGUGGAGAUAAUUUCUAGUAACGAUCAACCUAUCGACGACUCGACGCGUUCUACUGAUUCGAAUAUCAAUGGGCAUAGUACACAUUAUCAGCAGCCGACAGUUGAGGAAGAUCGUUCUGGACGACCAUCUCCUGAGGUUCCAUCAACAGGCCACCCCGCACCAGAGGAGAAUUACUACCAUCAAUCGACCGCGCCUGAUGUCUCUCCCCUUGCUCCAUCUAGUGCUGAAGUGAAUGAUCCUCGUAGCAGUGAAUACUUUCCACCAAUGCCACAACACUCAGAGGCUUCUCCGGUCAUUCACCAGCCUGCGCCCACUGUUCCAUCAUCAUCUCGAUUCUCCAAUUCCUCACCGAUACUUGGGCCGCCACCAAAUGAUGCGCAAUCGGACUUUCCGACCAGCACUCGUAGUCCAGAUUUGCCUCCUGCCAUGACGUACGAUGGGCCAACCAAAGUGUCUUCGUCGCCCGAUCUGCCCCGACAACACAGUUCACUGACCCAACAAGUUGAGAAUAGACCUGUGCGAACCCAAUAUAAAGACGAUGAUGCGUCCGUGCUUUCUGCUCAAAGGCACGCAAAAUUUGCAAUUUCGGCUUUAAAUUUUGAAGACGUGCCAACGGCUGUUGAAGAGCUUCAGGCGGCUUUAGAAGCACUUGGGGCUACGUAA